AUGACGACACAAAAUGAGAAGAGACACUCAACCGAGACUAUCGAUAAGGUGAGCAAGAAAACGAAAACCAAUGGCCACAGAAAGAAAGAGCUGGUUAUUAAUGCCUUCCUCAUGGGAUCCGCUGGAAAUCAGACAAUUGGGGCCUGGAGGCAUCCUAAUGAUAAAUCGCCAGAGUUAUAUCAAAACCCUAAGUACUGGACUGACCUCGCUAAGCUGUUGGAAAGGGGAAAAUUCAACACCGUCUUUUUGGCUGAUGUGCUUGGUCCAUAUGAUGUCUACAAGGGCGGUCACAAUUUUGAGCCUGUCGCUAGGACCGGUGCCCAAUGGCCAAUUUCGGACCCAAGCUAUUUUAUCCCACUGAUGGCAUACGUGACAUCGAAACUGGCUUUCGGUAUCACCAUUUCGACGAUUAGUGAGCAGCCAUACCACCUGGCACGUAGGCUAGGUACCCUGGAUCUUAUCACGAAUGGUCGUGUUGGGUGGAAUAUCGUGACAUCGUAUUUGGAUAGCGCAUCAAGAAAUCUGUUAAACGGGGAGCCUUUGCCAGCUAACAAGGAGCGUUACGAGCGCGCGGAGGAAUUUGUCGAUGUUGUCUUGAGGCUGUUUUUGAGCUCUUGGCAGGACGGUGCUGUGAAAUUGGAUAAGAAGAAAGGUGUGUUCACUGAUCCAAAUGCGCUAAGAUACAUAGACCAUGUUGGGCAGUUUUUCAAGGUACCAGGACCUGGAAUCACCUCACCAAGUCAGCAAAAACUCCCAGUGAUCAUUCAGGCUGGAACAUCUGCUCGCGGUAAAGAGCUGGCUGCAAGGAAUGCUGAAGUCAUUUUCCUGGCAUCAUUGACUCCCGAAGAUUUGAGAAAGUCCAUCACAGAUAUCAAGCAUAUCGCAAAAUCCAAGUACGGUAGAGAUGUUUCCAAAAUCAAAUUUGUUGCUUUGAUAACGGUUAUUUUAGGUGACACACAUGAAGAGGCCGAGAAGAAGUACCUGGAGUAUCUACAGUAUUCGGAUGAAGAGGGUGCAAAGGCCAUGUUUUCAGGAUGGACUGGCGUUGACAUCGACAAGUUCAAAGAUGACGAAGUUUUGACAGACGUUCAACACAUUGCCGUGGCAUCUGCUGUUAAAAAGUGGCAGAGUGCAUAUCCGAGAGUCAAGAAAUGGACCAAAAAAUCCAUCGUCCAGGAGAUUAAAGUUGGCGGCAGUGGCCCUUUGGUCAUCGGAACCGCUGAAGAGGUCGCAGAUACCAUCCAGGAAUGGGUCGAUAUUUCUGAUAUUGACGGCUUCAAUUUCGCUUACACUAUCUUACCACAGAGUUACGAAGAGCUUGUCGACAAGCUUUUGCCAGAACUAAGAAAACGGGGCCUUGCAAGAGAGGACUAUCCGCCAACUGAAGGAGGUAGCGAUAUCUUGACUUUCAGAGAGCAGCUAUUUGGGCAGAAAACCCUCGACGUCACGCAUCCUGCUUACGCUUUGAACUGGCCCGCAAAUGAGACGAGGGAAGAAUAUGAAAGUCGUUUGCAAAGGACAGAGGCAGCUAAGAACAAAAAUUAA